GCGCAGUUCACCUCUACAGCCACCAGUGGUGCUGGAAAGGCGUACAAGAUGAACAAGCCUGCUAUAUAUAACAGCAAUCAGAAAACGCUGCAUGGAUUCCUUACUCACUGCAGGGCGUAUUUCCUGUAUCACAAAACUCAGUUUACUAAGGAAUCUGAGAAGAUUAUUCUCGCAGGGAUUCGUCUCGAAAAGAAUGCUCUCAUUUAG